AUGGGGGCACGCGUGAAUUUUCUGAUUGCCUAUGCAACCACUGAAGGACAGACGGACAAGAUCGCCAGGUACAUGGCCGCAGCCUUGACUGAAGACGGUCACGAGGUCCGGUUUCACAAUGUGAGCGAUCUGUCCGGAGGCCUGACCGUUACGGAUUACGACAAGGUGAUUGUCGCCGGCUCGGUACACUCGGGAAAACAUCAGCCCGAUCUUGAAUUGUUUGCCUUUGCAAACCGGGAGCGGCUGAAUCAGGUCCCCGGCCUUCUCGUUUCCGUCAGCCUCGCUGCGGCUUUCCCGGACACGCUGAACGAGGCGAGGGGUUACGUCGAUACCCUUCUUGAGGCCACACACUGGAAACCGGCACAGGUCAUCCUGAUUGCCGGUGCGGUGAAGCCGGGCAACUAUGACUGGUUCGAGAAAUCAGCCCUCCUGGAAGGCGACCUGGCCGGACAUCUCAACGAGGAUCUGCAGGAGACGCGGGAAUUCACCGACUGGGGUGCCUUGAAACAACAAGUGGCAGAGUUCGCCC